UGUGCCUGGCCGCCAUGGCUUCAGGAGCGGGAUCAGGAGCGGGGUCGGCGACAGGAGCAUCGCCAGCAUUGGCCAAGGAUGUGGCACAAGUGCACAAGAUCAAGAGGCAGGAGAGGCGCCACGGAACGAGUCCUCUGACGGCCAUCAAGAAGCCCAAGCAGCUGGUCAGAAGCGCUCACGGCCUGAACAAGAAGCUGCUCAGCCAGAUGGGCUUCAUGAAGGUGAAGGCGCCCAACAGCCACAACAGGAAGCGCCUGGCGGUUGAGUCACGCCGCCACGCCUCGCGCGAUGAUUCACACAUGUUCAUCAUCAAAUUGCCGCCAAAUAUGCACUACUAUGCAGGACCCGCUGCGAAGAAUGCGCUGACGGAUCACCCGGCCAGCGACAAGUCGCUUGAUGUUGCUGCUGCUGCUGCUGCUGGUGGCAACGCACCCAACAAGAUGGCAACAGCAACAGCCACAACAUCGGGCACACGAGCAACAUCAACAUCGGUCGCUGAGGCGUCGGCGUUGAAAGCUAACGGGAAAAAGGUCUCGUUUCCCUUCAGCUCCAACGGCCGGCCAGGCCGCAUCUACCACUGGAACCUACCGGUCCUGAAGCAGGCGCUGGCCAAGAAGCCGCACUUUGCCCACGUCUCUGCAGCGGAUCGCAACAGGCUGCUGGAUAUCGAGAGCGUGCCCACCUGGCGCCAGCCCUGGGAGAACGAGACCGCUGAGAAGGGCUUCAGUGCGGGCAGCGGCAAGUCCAAGUACCGCAAGUCCCUCAAGCCCAAGUCGCCCACAUACUAUGCUCCCUCGCAGGCGGUCAGUAAGCAGAGCUUCCACAAGUACUUUGCGGGGAAUGGAAAGCCCAAGGGCUUCUACGUCAUCAAGGAGCACCAGAGCAAGCCGCAGUUCUACCAGAACAUCAUCUCGUAAUCCGGUUAGUGCUGCCGGAACGAGCCAUUCCUUCAAAAGACUGCGUGGUGCAGGGUGUUCUAUUUCUACGACUUUUUCAGGGGCCAUCUGAUCCCCAUUUCCGUCCAGUUUCCGCUUGGAACACUUUCCGAGCUAUAACCGACCACUUCUAAGGACUGUGAAACAGUUUUGGGGUCAAGUCUAUUUUUAUAAGGCAGCAAUGAAUACAAUAACAGAUUUGGGCUGGUCGAAGGAGGAACAUAUCAACACGGAAAAUAGGUAGAAAGUUAAUCGGGUUAAAUAGAUUUGGAGCUAGAAUAUUUUUUAAAAAAUAUUUCAUAUAUAUUCUUAUAUCAAGUUAAGUUUCAACCCAAUUCCCAGAGAUUAAAAUGGCAAAAACUAAAUUUUAACUAAAGAAUAUAUCAAACAGAUUUCAAAGGGUAUUGGUUAAAAUAUUAUUUAACAAUAAUAAUAUUUACAUAAUAAACAUAUCCUCCAAAUCUGUAGCCAAUGAAGAUAAUCCCUUCGGAAGACCAGCCCAAACUGCAUCUUAGCUAAGCAUCUAUGGCAAGGCAAUAAAUAUGGCAAAUAUCAAGCUAGGUUUA